CUGAGGGUGAGAACGAGAAAAGUUGCAAAUUAACCAUUUUUUGGUGGAUACACUGAGCGCGAAACUCGAAAUUACGCUGUACGUGAUUUCAUAUGGCACAGGUAGACUGAUCUAUAGCGCAAUCCACCUAUAGGAAACCUCUGGUAGUGGGCAGGUUGGUGCUGAGCCGGGGGCCACGCGGACAGCGGGCUGGCGCCGAGGCCGAGGGGAGGCAGUUGCAGCCCAUCACUGUGAGAGGAAGGAGCGCCGCCCGCUUCGCUUCCCUUCCCGGUGGAGCAGCAGAGUGAGCAAGGAAGGAGCCGUGCUCAUCCGGGGCAGCCUAUGGGGAGCACCCAAGCCCCCCCUCGGGCUUCAUGGUGAUGAAUGGCAGGGAACAUCAGUGUCAAGGGAAAUGUCUUGCCGUGCUACAUUGCCCGAGCGUGCUGAGGUGGUGGUGGCUGGUGUUCGUGCUGGGCCUGAGCUGCACCGUGUCGAGAGGCACGGCAAAAUAUCCACAUGAUAACACGCAUCACCAGCAGCACGACAAGAGACAAAAUGAAUCGGAUGUGUGUGAUACAGUAAGAAUUGACAGUCUGACAAAGCUGAAUGGCUCAAAUGGCUCAAAAAAUUGUAAAACUGUGGAGGGAAGCAUUGAGAUAUUCAGAAUAAAAUUUGUCUCCAAAGAAAGUAUUGAAGAGUGGAGCUUCCCAGAUUUGGUAGAAAUUACAGACUUCUUGCUGGUGUACCAUGUGGAGGGCCUUACCAGUCUUGCACAGCUGUUUCCUAACUUGGCUGUGAUUCGUGGUAUGAAGCUGCUGGAGCGCUACUCACUUGUCAUAUAUAAAACUCACAUUGAGGUCAUUGGGCUCUACAACCUUCGUGCCAUUCUUCGUGGAAGUGUCAAAAUAAAGAACAACAUCAACUUGUGUUACAUCCACACCGUCAACUGGGCAGCCAUCGUCCGAGGCCCUGAUGACAACGUGAUCAUGGACAACAGUGAGUCGCUCUGCAAAAAAUGUUGUCCCACGUGUUGUGCAGGAUGGAAGCAGGAGAAUUGUUGUCCACAUUGUUGGAAUAGCACCAAGUGUCAACAGAUUUGUAGCUCCAAGUGUAGCCAUGGCUGUGUGAGAGAAGCAGAUGACCAGUGUUGCCACGAACAGUGCCUUGGCGGCUGUAUGCUGCCUAAUGAUCCCUCUGCUUGCCAUGCUUGUCGCAAUUUCAACUUGAACGGCACAUGCUAUGAGGCCUGCCCUGAGAAUAGCCUAGAGUACAAAGAUUACCGUUGUGUGGACGCCAGGUACUGCGAAAGCAAGAUGUUUCACCAGUUUAAUAAUAAACGUUGUGUCAGUGACUGCCCAGAGGGAUACCAGAAAGGAAACAAAAGUAUAUGUGUGAAAUGUAAAGAUGGGUGUCCCAAGAAGUGCCGCAGUCGUCUGGUGAACACAGUGGCCAGAGCGCAGGAGUUGAGAGGCUGCACCGUAAUCACCAAUUCACUCAUCAUAAGCAUUAGGAAUGGAAAGACAGUCACCAAAGAAUUGAAAGCAAACCUUGGAAAAAUAGAACAUGUGCAUUACCACGUCCGCAUCUUCAAGACAAGUCCUCUGAAAUCUCUCAACUUCCUGUCCAACCUGCAGUUCAUCGAUGGAGACCAGCUGUACAACAACAGGUUUGCUCUUUAUGUUCAUGAUAAUGCAAACUUAGAGGAAAUAUGGGACUUCACGAACCACUCUGCAUUGAACAUCAGUAAGGGAAAGAUUUCCUUUUUACAAAACCCAAAGUUAUGUUACCACAGCAAGAUUGAGAAGCUUUUGAACAUGACGGGCCAGGCGGGCGACCACAACAUGAAGGUGACCAAUGGGUACAAAGUAGCAUGCUCCAUAAUGAAGCAUGCCAUCACUCUCGAGCCACAACCCUUCACGGUGCUGGUCAAGUGGCCUCCAGUGACAACCAUUGAAGAUGACCGCAAAAUUACCGGCUACUUCAUCUACUACAAGGAGACUAAUGAGACAAACGUAGGACACAUGGAUGGCCGGGACGCCUGCAAUGAUGAAUGGAAGAGAGAACAUGCUGAAGCCGACAGUUCUGACCACAUGUUGAGCGUAUCCCUGACGGGCCUCAAACCAAAUCACCGCUAUGCAGUGUAUGUCGAAACAGAUACAGUUGCAGAUGCUGACAUAGGGGCACGAUCCAACAUCACCUACACCAUUACAAAGCCCUACAACCCAAGCUACCCCCUGAACUUGAAGGUCAUAGAUAAAGGAACCACAUACAUUGCUGUGGAGUGGUCCCGGCCAGCCUCUCCAAAUGGACAAAUAUAUGAUUACAUCGUCUCCUUAACCACCCACUUGGAAACUGAAGAUAAGUGUCAAGACUACUGCAAAACAGAACAGUUUCAGCAAGAUGAGAUUGAAGAAUCAAAAAAGGACCUGUCUGAGAGUGAAGUGAAUAUGAUGGACUCGACUCCCACCAUUAGUACAGUCUCUUCCCCCAAGUGCUGUGCCUGUCCAGAAAAGGCGACACCCUCCUUUGAAGAUGACGAAAUUAACUUUGAGAACAUUCUUCAUAAUCAUAUCUAUAUACAUCGCACUUUCCGAAGAAAAAGAAGCAUGGAACCAGGCGAUGCUCCACCAGGCAACUCUCACGUCUCCGUUAACUUAUUGGAAGCUCAGUACACGGAGUAUCAGAAUGAGAACCACACAGCUGAGAUUGAUAUUUGGAGAAGUAAGAAAACAUCCUUUAAUUUUACACAGCUCUCACACUACACUGAUUACAAGAUAGAGGUGUCAGCAUGCCAUAAACACAAGUAUGAGUGCCCCACUGACAAAGUUCCCUGUGAACUGUGCUCAACUAAGCCUGCAAAAAUUGUGGAGACAACUGCUGUAAAAGCCAAUGCCAACAUGGUAAUUGGUUUAAACGCCAAACAACUCAACCAGUCUACAGUUGAAGUGACGUGGGAGCCUCCACUCUCUCCCAACGGACAAGUUCUGGCAUACAAAGUGUCAUUCACCGGUGAACAGAAAGUUUUUGAGGACUGUUUGUCGUAUUGUAAAUUCAAUGGAAGUCGGAUCAAGCACUAUGUAGAGGUGGAACUGACCCCAAACACCAAGUACCUGGUAGAAGUUCAAGUCUACACAGGAGCCCCAAAGAAUGUGAAUGACACGGCCGCCACAACGGAGUUCACCACACAGUACUCUGCCGUGAUGCAAAACGGAGAUCAUGGAUGGAUGCUGAUGCUACUGGUUAUCUUCCUCCUGCUGGGAAUGGUGUGUGGGGGCAUCUUUUAUCGAAGACUCCGACCUCCUAAGCUGUCUGUCAAGGAUAUUAGUGAAAAUCCUGGAUAUCCUGAUGUUGCAAAUCCAGACUUUUGUUUUCCCAGCAAGUACCAGAUAGACGAAAGCCAUCUGAAGCUGGAGGAGACUUCCUUACUUGGCCAAGGAAACUUUGGCUUUGUGUAUAAAGGUCACUUAUAUAAGGACUCAGAGUGGGUUCCUGUGGCAGUUAAACGGACUUCCAACGUACAGUCCAGGGAAGACAUGCUAAUUGAGGCCCAUCUCAUGCUGGAACUGAAAUCCUACCACAUAGUCCGUGCCUACGGGGUGAUGUUUGGGCCCGACACCACCUACUUGGUGAUGGAGUACAUGAAUAAGAGGGACCUACUUAGAUACCUGAGACAGCGGGAGACAAAGCUGAGAAUUGAACAAGUGUGUGAUAUGGGCCUCCAGAUUGCUGAUGGCAUGGCAUACUUGGCUAGCAAGAAUUACGUCCACAGGGAUCUUGCUGCUCGCAACUGCCUGAUUAAUGAUGACAUGAAAAUUAAGAUAUCAGACUUCGGCAUGACCCGGAUCACAGAGAGGAGCUGCUACCACAUUCGUCACUCUAAAGUCUUCCCUGUGCGGUGGCUUGCACCUGAGUGCUUCACAAAGCAGAGGUUUACAACCCAGAGUGAUGUGUGGAGCUAUGGCAUCGUCCUGUGGGAAAUUCUUACGCUUGGCACAACACCAUACCAGGACCUGAGCACCAAUGAUAAGGUGAAGGAAAUGGUAAGCAAAGGCCACACCCUCAAGACUAAUGUGCAGAGCCUCACCAACAAGUGGCUGGCAGACCUGAUAUGCUGGUGCUGGGAGGCAGAUGGGUACGACCGGCCGUCCUUCCCAGACAUAAUUAGUAACCUGCUGCCCCAUGCCUCACCGCUCUUCAUACAACUGUUCAUGUCCGUGUCGUUUUAUGGUAAUCUUAGACAUCAGGAGUAAAAGAAGAUAGACUCCGACCUGAAAAUUUUGGACAGUGGAGUACAGUGCUUGAAAACCAGCCUUUUCAACUUCAACCACCAAGUUCUCAGCCUGCCCUCACAUCUGCACGGCCUCAGAUGAUGCUUUGACCCAGAAAGGAUUUCCUAUCUAAUGUCCAUCAACUAUGAUGGGAAAGUUGAGCUGACCACAGUUACUGGUUAAACUGAGUCACUGCUGCCUGUGAAAAUGUGUCUGGCUUCUCAAAAAAACAAAUACAUAGUUAUGCUCAUGUGCCAAAUGAUUUUUUAAGGAAAAGUUUUGGAAGAUUCGUCAGGAUAAUAGUAAGAAGUGCUUCAGGGUAGAAAGCUUCACAUCUUGCAUACCUGUUCCAGAAAAAAGCAAGAUAUAACUCUGUGUAACUGAUCUCACAGCCACUGAAUCAGUCAGGCUUCUAGAUAUACCUAGUAAUUCUAAGGGAUGGAUGAGUGUGGCGACAAAAUAAAAUUGAAACUGAUUUGAUUCUGGUACUUAAGCUGAUAUUACAUGAAACUGCAAUAUGCAUUUUUCUUAUCACAUUCUCUCAAAUCAGUUGGCUCACCCCAGAGAAAAAACAGUACGACUACAUGACUAAGUGUAAUUUGAUGUUAUCUAUUACCCUCUCACAUUCCUCACUACAGGUGAAAUAUGUGAAGGAUAUACAUUGGUUUAACAUAAGUGCUCCUGGCUUGCCUUAACUAUCUUAACAUUACACAUUUCCAAACAUUUGUUGUCUCAUCCAAUGGAAAAGACACCACAUGGCUGCCAUAAUUUCCCGGCACUACAUUUGUAUUAAAAACUACUACACUUCAUGGAGCUUAGUUAUCAUCCAAAGAUGGGAAUUCUGUGAGCUCUGAAUUGCUAUAUAUGAGACACAAAAGAAGUUGUCCAGCAAUUGAUGUCCACAUAUACAUCACCAGUAACUUAUUCCAAGCUUGUCAUGGUAUACUACUUUCAUGUCAAAAUGAUAGGCAUACUUACAGUUGAAAGAUGAUAAUUCAGCCACUUGAAAAAUCUUGCUGAAAUUAAACAGCAGAGUAAGAAUUUGUAGGAAUAUGCUCAAAAAAGAGUUGAAGAAAAUGAAGAUUCAACUUUGUACAGACUUUUUGUAUGAAUUUGUAAUGGUUCAAAUAAAUAAUGAUACUUGG